CCCCCCCCCCCCCCCUCUACCUCUGGUCCCCGGAGCCUCACUGCAUGACCUCAGACGACAGACGUACCCACGGGGGGAAACCGCCCCUUCCUCCGGACGCCUGACGCGUACGCUCGGUGGCCACAACCUCAAAACCGUCUCAUCUUUCAACUCAUCCUCAGCAGAAGGAGCAGCAGACAUCUUUCCACACAGGAUCUGAACACCUCCACUCCGGCCAGUGGAGGUGUCGCAGAGCCACUUUCCUUCUCGAAUCUAUAAGAAUAGAUAUCUUUUUUUCUCCUGGUUGUUUUGUGUCCGGUUCUGCCGGCCGCGUGACUUUUCAAAACUGGGGCGCGAUUCAUGGGAUGCAACCAUGUCGGAUCUCAGUGAGCGCAGGCCGGUCAACACGGACUACGCUGUCUCCCUGCUGGAGCAGCUCAAGUUCUUUUACGAACAGAAAUUACUGACUGAUGUUGUGCUGCUGGUGGAGGACACGGAGUUCCCGUGUCACAAGAUGGUCUUGGCCACAUGUAGCUCCUAUUUCAGAGCGAUGUUCAUGAGCGGCCUCAGCGAGAGCAAGCAGACCCACGUCCACCUGAGGAACGUGGACCCGGCCACCCUGCAGAUCAUCAUCACCUACGCCUACACGGGGAACCUGGCCAUCAGCGACAGCACCGUGGAGCCGCUGUACGAGACCGCCUGCUUCCUACAGGUGGAGGACGUCCUGCUGCAAUGCAGAGACUAUCUGGUGAAGAAGAUAAAUGCUGAGAACUGCGUCCGCAUGCUGAGCAUCGGAGACCUGUUCAGCUGCAGUGAGCUCAAGCAGUGCGCCAAACGCAUGGUGGAGCACAAGUUCCCCAUGGUGUACCGACAGGAGGCCUUCCUGCAGCUGUCCCACGAGCUGCUGAUCGACGUCCUGAGCAGCGACAACCUCAACGUGGAGAAGGAGGAGACGGUGCGCGAGGCGGCCAUGCUGUGGCUGGAGUACAACAUGGAGACCCGCUCGCAGCACCUGUCCUCUGUGCUCAGUCAGAUCCGCAUCGACGCCCUGUCCGAGGUGACGCAGCGCGCCUGGUUCCAGGGCCUGCCGCCCAACGACAAGUCCGUGGUGGUGCAGGGCCUCUACAAGUCCAUGCCCAAGUUCUUCAAGCCCCGGUUAGGCAUGACCAAGGAGGAGAUGCUGAUCUUCAUGGAGGCCUUGUCGGAAACGCAAGUGGAGGGCUACGUGAUGUCGGGGUCCCUGCCCACCACGGUGGUGUGUUACAGUCCGCAGGCGGAGAAGGUGUACAAGCUCAACAACCCCCCCGGAGACCUGCAGAAGGUGGGGACCCUCGUUACACCCGACAACGAUGUGUUCAUCGCUGGAGGUCAGAUCCCUCUCAAAAACUCCAUCACCAACCACGGCAAGAGCGGCAAGUUACAGGCCGUGUUCCGCUCGGUCGAUGGCUUCUACUGGUUCGAUGCCCAGCAAAACGCCUGGGUGCCCAAAACCCCCAUGCUGUGUGCCCGCAUCAAGCCCUCGCUGGUCUACUGCGAGGGCUACAUCUAUGCAAUCGGGGGCGAUAACGUCGGGGGGGAGCUGAACAAGCGCACGGUGGAGCGCUACGACUGCGAGAAGGACGAGUGGAGCAUGAUGAGCCCUCUGCCCUUCGCCUGGAACUGGAGCACCUCGGUGGUGGCACACGACUGCAUCUACGUGAUGACCCACGACCUGAUGUACUGCUACUUCCCCCGGGCCGACACCUGGGUGGAGAUGGCCAUGCGCAAGACCAGCCGCUGCUUCGCCUCCGCCGCCGCCUUCGGUGACCUCAUCUUCUACAUCGGCGGCCUCCACGUGGUCAGCAACUCGGGCGUCCGCCUGCCGACGAGCACCAUCGACGGCUCCUCCGUGACCGUGGAGAUCUACGACGUCAACAAGAACGAGUGGCGCCUGGCCGCCAACAUCCCCGCCAAGCGCUACUCGGACCCGUGCGUGCGGGCGGUGGUGCUCCUCAACUCGUUGUGUAUCUUCAUGCGUGAAACCCACAUGAACGAGCGCGCCAAGUACGCCAUCUACCAGUACGACGUGGAGCUGGACAGCUGGUACCUGCGGCAGCCGGUGUCCGAGCGCGUCCUCUGGGACCUGGGGAAGGACUUCCGCUGCGCCGUGGGGAAGCUGUACCCCUCCUGCCUGGAGGAGUCCCCCUGGAAACCCCCCACCUACCUCUUCUCCCCCGACGGGGCGGAGGAGUUCGAGGUGGACGGGGAGCUGGUGACCCUCCCUCACGUAUAGCUCUUAACCUCCUCCUCCUCCCCCCCCCCCGCCUCGCUGACCAGACCAGGCAUCUGUCACGCUGAGGGAUGAACACGAAGGGGGGGGCGUGAGUUCUCUGAGACACGGAAAGGCUUCGCCGGCCUCGUGGACGUUUCUCUGGAGGCGUCGGAGGCUUCGAAGCGACGGAGCCCGACGCAACAAGAAGAUUCCCCCGAAAGAAAACUAGUAAUCUGAAAAUCUCUUUUCUUAUUUUGUCAUUUGUGACAUCUGUUAGAUAUUACUACAGGCCUGUCAUACUGUUUCUACAAUGUGAUCUCAAUGUCAACUGAUUUUUGUGAGGAUGAUGAGGAUGAUGCACUUAACUGGUAAAAAAAAAGAAAACUCUCGGAAUGGCAACUGUACCAAAAUCUCCCAGGCCCCCCCCCCUCCCCCCCGCUCUCCGACCGUAGGCUUCCCUCUCUCCUCCUCCUCUUCCUCUUCUCCUCUUCGUCUCCUCCUCUUCUCGCACCACUGAUAAAGUGAAACUCUGCAAAACAUCUGUUUUUAAAUGAUCCAACUCACACCCGCUGUCGUCUUGAAGGUUCGGCUCUGAAAAGUUUGUGUUUCGCUUCGUGGUGGAAGUUCAGCUCGAAUUAAUCCACUUCCAACAUCUCAUUGACUUUAAUGGAGGAAGUUAGUUCUGUGUUAAUCCACUGACCCAAAACCUGAUGCCUCUGAAAACUAAAGGACCUUGUGAAUAUAAAGUUAACUCGUUUAUUCAGGUCGAUAACGAACAGGUUGUUAGAAUGUUCUGAUGAUUCUGAGCGGGGCGGCGUCCGUCCACAUUCUUCUUCUGAUGAUUUCAUAAAAUGGCAGAACAGUGUAAAGUCGUAGCAGCCCGAACUUGAACCUUUUCAGGUGAGUCAGGCAGUUUGAGAUGCUGACGAUUUUAAAAAUCGACUCAUUGAUGAAUAUUGAAAUUGGCUGUUGCCUCAGAAAUUUGAAAAGAUAUUUCCAUCGUAUUACUCUGAGCUCUGAAGCGACGUCUCCAGAACUGUAACAGACAUUUCAGACGCUGGAGAAUAUAACUGUCACAACAAUGUCAUUACAUCAGAUACUGUUUUUAUAACUAACUCAAUUUUAAGUCACAUUUGAAUCAGAUUAAGACUACUUAAAAAGGUAAAUAAUAUAUUAAUUAUUCUGCAGAUGGUUUCCCGGAUGAAUUAUCGAUUUUAUUAUUUGUUUUCAUUCAUUUUCUCAAUUUAAACGUCUGUUGUUUCCAAACUGCUCCAAAGAGCAAGAGACGAACUUUUCAGAGCCGCCUUUUAAAACCUGCAACUUCACACAUGUAGAUCUCUGCUCGGAGUGUUGGUCACCGACAGGAUCCGUGGGUUCGAUUCCCCUCGAGGCUUCGCAGACGACCGGGGUUCUCCUGGAGAGGGGGUGGGGGGGGCCGACGGGGAAACAAGUGAGCGGGGGAGAGAGCGACUGCAGGUCCGGUCGCCCAUCACCUCUCCUCCCUCACCGCUCGGCCCCCCCGACCCCGCUGCAGCGCCUCCACCCCCCCCACCCGUGCACACAGGUCUUCCACACAGCCGGCAUUGACACCUCGCCCUGUCCAUCGUCACACGAUCACGAUACUUGUGUUUUUCUUUCCACACGAGUUCUCUGCAAACACACAACUCCACUCAGCACACACGUAGGUUUCAGGCUCAUGCAUUUUUCUUUCUUUUUUUUUAUUCCCAAGCUGCUGAAAUAUAUAUAUAUAAUGAAAUAUAUAUUUUUCAUAUGUUUAAAAGACAAACUGUUUUAGUGUGGGGAAAAUAACCAGGUCUAUUUUGUAUUAGUGUCUUUUUUUUUAUUUAAUAUCAGACAUUACUGUAGUGUGAUUGUGGGUAGACAUCCAUUUUCCUAUCGGAUUGAAUUUUUUUUCUGAGUGAAUUCUUGCUGCUGAUUGGUUGUGAGAGGAGAGGGCUGGCCCAGGGCUGUUGCUUCGGGAAUCGUCCCAGCAACCACUAGCAGUAGUGGAGGGGGGGGGUGUGGCGGGCUACCUUUAAAAACAUGAGCACAGGUGCUUCAUGACAAACCCUUACUAGCAUGUCUGGCUGCAUCAUAUUCCCAUGGCACUGUAUUUUGAAUGAACGUUAAUUUAUUAAAAAACAUACCAAAAACGUUCCUGAAACUGAGACUCCACGU